AUGGAGCCAAAUGUAAAAUUAUGUGCUCAUGAAGGGAAAGAUUUGGAAGAUGCUACGAUGUACCGGCGGUUGGUAGGUAGCCUUAUCUAUUUAACUUUGACUAGAUUGGAUAUUUCUUUUGCAGUUGGUAUGAUAAGUCGCUACAAGCAAAAUCCAAAGAAACCCCAUUUGGAAGCAGCUCGGCGAAUCUUGAGAUACGUAAAGAGUACACUUGGCUAUGGUAUUAUGUAUAAGAAAGGCGGAGAUUGCAAGUUAGUUGGCUACUGCGAUGCCAAUUAUGCAGGUGACCAUGAUACACGACAUUCAACUACUGGAUAUGUUUUCAUGCUUGGGUAUGGAGCAAUUUCUUGGUGUAGCAAAAGACAACCGACAAUGUCUUUAUCAACAACAGAAGCAGAAUAUCGAGCAGCGGCGAUGGCAGCUCAAGAAAGCACUUGGCUUGUGUUAUUAUUGAAGGACUUGCAUCAAUCAAUAGCGUAUGACAUUCAUUUGUAUUGCGACAACCUGUCAGCCAUAAGAUUAGCAGAAAACUCAGUUUUUAACGUAAGAACUAAACAUGUGGAGGUGCACUAUCAUUUUAUUAGAGAGAAGGUCUUGCAAGAAGAAAUUCAGUUGGAGCAUGUUGGAACAGAAAGACAAGCUGCAGAUUUGUUUACAAAAGGCUUGGGCAGCAAUAAAUUUGAAAAUUUCUGCAAUCAACUUGGCAUGGUGAAAAGACCAGAAUCUGAUGUUGAGGGGGAGUAUUGA